AUGCCUGGUCAGAGAUUGUGUGGGCAGAGAGAAGAUGAUCAUAGACUCACAGGGCUGCAGGAGACACUGGCAACAUCAGAAGCUUUACAAGAACUGUCAGCUAGAAUCUGUAAGGAAUUACUUAUGAGAAGACUUACAGCAAAGAAGAGAACUGUGCUGCUUAAAGCCAGGAGCUGGCCUGAGAAAGAGAUGAGAUGGGCUGCUGAUCUGAAGAUCAGAUGCAGUGACAGAGCUGAAGAGAAUGAAGAUACAGUUGUGAAUGAUAGCACCCCUGCUUCACCAGCUGGCAAAAAGUGA